GUGUUUGUGCAGAUGUGCUUGGAUUGUGCAUGGCAUCGAGCACAUUCCAACGAGCCAAGAAUUGUUGGAAUCGGAGCACAUAUGAAGAAGUUACGAAGAGGUGUUUGAUGGAUUUGUUACAACUCAUUGGAAGUCCUUGGCAGCUGCUACACCAAAGUUGGAGAGCCCUAUAACGAGGAGGGACCAGCAUGUGUGGGGCUUUUGUCCUCACCUUGCAGCUGCAGCAUUUGGGGUUUGGAGGCCAACCUGGCACAGUGUGAAUUUUGUCUUGCCAGGCUGGCUGAACCUGAGGAUGGGGAGUCAAGAUUUUGACUCUUGUCAUGUUCUUGACCAAGGGCCUCCAGGGUCCUUCCCUUUCAUCCUUCCCUUCCAUCCCCACCUUCCAACUGUGCUUCAAUGCCUUUCCUAUCAUGCCUCUGAACUUGUAAGCUUCAAUCAUAGUGAUUCUGAGGACUGUCAAUUUCUCCUAGGGCAGAUUACCCCCCAGUGCGCCAAUCGCCAUAGCUCACUCGAAAAGCUACGGAAUUGAGUGAUUCAACUUUCAGUGGAAAGCUGACGCUGCAAGCUACAACAUAUCCGAUUUUCAGAUUGUUUCACCGAUUGGAGUUU